GUUUACAAUCUGAAGUGACAGCAACUUACCUGUGAAAUUUUUCGCAUAGGUGAACCGUGACCGGUGUUUUUAAACUUUUAUUAAAGUUGUUUUUAUUGUAGGAUCGGUUAAUUAAACUAAUGCGGAGUAUUAAUUAGACAUUGACAUUGUGUUUUACUUAACUUUUAAUUGUUUUUACGUGAGUUUUAAUGGACAUUCCGAUGUGGGACAAAUUGAAGUAAGGGAUACGCAAGUUAAAUAUGGCCGCCAAACUUAUAGGGGAACGACUACCACGAAAUUGGAGUUACGGUGUUACAAGAGAUGGUCGCAUCUUCUUUAUUGAUGAUGGUACACAAAACACAACAUGGAUUCAUCCACUUACAGGGGAACCAGUUCAGACAGGAUUCACAUCGGUCCCAGGACUUCCAACAGGCUGGGAGCAAGCACUGACAAUUGAUGGGACAGUCUUCUUUAUAGAUCACAAUCGUAGAACAACAACAUUUGAUCAUCCUGUAACAGGUCAUUCUAUAAUGGAGGCUCCAACUCGAACCCCUCCACAGAGUCCGCUAACUAAAGGUAGCCAGCAUAGGAAGAGUGGUAAAUCUCGGACCAUUAAAGCGCCGGCUGCUUCAAGGGAAGAGAACUCCAAGGUCAUUCUUAGAGGAUGGUUACAAAAACAAGAGAGUGGAGGUUUGAAAUUAUGGAAGAAGAAAUGGAGUGUUCUUGCUGACUUUGGUCUGUUUUUCUAUAAGGAUGAUUCAGAACAAAACUGUAUAGGUUCUAUCUUGUUGCCUAGUUACAAGAUCAACCCUUGUAGUUCACAUGAUGUCAACAAGAAGUACGCAUUUAAGGCAGAACAUGAGAAUAUGAAAACAUUUUAUUUUGCUGCCGAGAACCAGGUGGAGAUGGAGAAAUGGGUUGAAGCAUUAAAAAUGGCCUCACUUGUACAGCGAGCUCCAGGGUCAGGACUUGUUCCUAAGAUGAUCCCUAAAUCUCCCAUCAUGAGUUGGAAUGAUGACACAGACAGCCCAGGUAUUUCUCCACCAGACAUGCAACAGUACCCAUUCUCAGGUCAAGAUGGAAAUACUACCAGAGGAAGUGGGGACAAUAGUUUCAUUGAAAGAGCCCCACUACAAGCCCGUGAAAAUAUACAAAACUAUAGUGACCCUUACCAGAGACAUAGAAAUGGGAGUGGUCCUUCUAGUGUCAGUUCAGGAACUUUGCCAAGGGAUAAUAGAGGUCAAGGUCCAGGGCCAGGGUACGGGCAACCAAAUUAUCCAGAUGAUCCCAGAUAUCUUGGAGAUAGAACAGAUAGAAAAAGAAGCUCACAGAGAUCAAAUCAGGGUCAAGGUCUUCCAGAUGAUCAGAGGUCAAUGUCAUCUGUAGGUCAAAGGUCAGCUCAGUAUCCCUCAAGUACUAUGCCAAGGGACAUGAGGCCUAAUCAGCCAGAUAACAGAAGCUUGAGCUCACUUAGAGGUCAAGGUUAUAACUCAUUGCCAAGAGAUCAAAGGUCAAGGCCACAGGAAGGUCAUGAAUUGCCACACAGAACAAAGGAGUACAGAGAAAAUCCAAAAGAUGCCUCAAGGAGAAGAAGGGAUGAUAAUAAUCCAUACAUGACAAUGAUGUCACCUCAUGCAAACGAAAGGAAAAUGGACCCAUUAAAGCACAGUAACAGACCUUUACCACAAGAACCAAGACAUGAGAGACCUCGUAAUCUGGAACCUGCACAUGAGAAGGGCCGGUCAGGUGGCGGGGAUUAUGCCAGCCUUACUAGGAUAAGAGAUAAAUGGCCUAAUCAACAGUUAUCAGACAGUGGGACAACAGGAUCUGGCAGUGAGUCAAACAGACCUAACCACCACCUGUCCCCCACAGGUUCAAGCGGUGAACCAGUGAGACCAAAUCAUCUUUCCCCUACUCAGCAAAAUAGACCAGACCUGUAUGUGGAUAUUCCUCAUACUUAUGUUAAUGUAUAUGAUGAAUCUCAAGUCAGAGACCAUCCACCAGAGUUACCAUCCCGUCCUCCUCUCCCGGCUGAGAUGAGACACCAGAUUGUUGAAGACAUCGCCAAAACACGCUCACCCAACACUCAAAAUGAAAUGAUUAUCGCGGAGAACAACUUGGAGAGGAGAAUGAAUCAACCAGCAUUUUUCAAUUACCCAACACCAACACAGGAAUCUCUACCGUCUUUCCCACAAGAAAGUCCAAGGUCACAGUACUCUCAAAGGUCACAGAGGUCACAGGAUCCAAGGUCAUAUGAACAGGAUAGAGGUCAACCUCAUUUACCAAGGCGACCAGAUAUUGCACAUGAUGCCCCAAUCACGCGCCAAGAUGCCAGAAAUUCAUACCAACCUCCGCCAAAUAAAUACGGUCAUAAUCUAAAUGACUCUAACUUGUCUAAUCAUUUAGAUGGCAGUGAUAUCACUCUUACUAAUGAAGAUGAACGAAAUGAUAAAAUAAGUGAAUUUUACGGCCUUGGCAAAUACAAUGCUAAAAAAGGUCAGAACCGAAAUGAUAAGACCAGGUUUAUGUCUGACAUAGAUGUGCGGUCAAAUACAGUGCCUUACAAACCACAGACAGGUAUUACUGGUGAAAAAGAUUUUAGAUUACGUAGUUUACCAGAUCACGUUCAGUCUAUGCCGGCAUUGUAUCACGAGCAGCAGCCAUUAUCAAUACAAGUACCUGAACGUGAGCCAGUUAAUAGUUACAUGAACCUGUCUGCAGCUAGUAGUAUACCUAAUGGCCAUGAACCUGCGGACCAAGAUCAAAGAAGAUCUGCAUUCAGACCUCUAUCAGCAAACUCUUUACAAAGAAUUCCAAGCACUGGAAGCUAUCCAGAUGAUCGCUAUGGUGAUUAUAGAGAUCAGAGUCAUAGAGAAGAUUAUCCCAAUCAGGGUCGAUCAGGAGAUUACAAUAUGUCCCCUAAUUACUCGGAUCAAGGUCGAUUUAAUGACUACAACACCCCUCAACAGGAUCAAACCGAUGUAAAGAGAUUAUCAUCUGCUAGUUCACAACUUUCUCAAAAUAGAAUACCCCCAUGGAAGCAAGAUACAUUACAAGGAGAUCAUGAUCCUGGCAGACAAAACAGGGGUCAAGGUUACAAGGGUCAAGGUCAGAGAGGUCACAGACCACCACCAGCAAUACAUACAGUGAAAGAAGACCCAGACAUGCCCGAUUCACAAGUGAUAGAGACUGAACUUCCAAAGAAAGUGUUCCCUCUGAAUGGACCUAGAUUACGGAUGAGUAUUUCUGCUACUGAUUUACUGGGUAAAACUCAUGACGAGUUGGUGCUAUUAUUGAUACAGUUAAGGCGGGACAAGGCGGAGUUAAAUGAACAAAGGGAUGGUAUUAGAAAAAAUGUUGAACAAAACAGACCAGCAGAGUUCUAUUACAGAAAAUUACAAAAUGAGGGUAGACCUAUAGAUGGUGAAAAAGAACUUCAACAUAGAAGAUAUGUAGAUCUGAAACAUAAGCUAGAUGAGGUGGAGAAAAAGUUGGAGGUAUAUAAACCACUGGUGAAUCUUGUAUGUAACAUGGUAACCAUGGGAAGUUUAUAUGGAGGCGACAAUCUCAUGUUAGCAACAGAAUAUAGAAAGCAUUUGUUAUCACCAGAACAGUAUUCUCCACCUAAGAAGAUGUUGGAGUUUUCCCGGAAGCACCAGGAAGAUCAGGUUAUACAGGGGAUAGAGGAAGAUGUUAAACAACUCACCCAGGAACAGGCAGAUCUCGAGGAGAAGUUAAAUAGACUGUAUGACCUUGAUAAAGUUAUCCAGGACCAGUCAUUCCAAGUUACCAGUCUGAAAGAGGAUAGGGAAAUGUUAGAGCGAGCACUCGGUGGUUUAUUGAAGAAACAAGAUCAACAUUGCACCAAUCAAUAUGAGCUUAAUAAACUAUUACAACAACAAAAAACUAUAGAGAAAGAGUUAUCCAGAGUUUUACAACAGUUAGCCGAGGCAUCUAAGGAAUUGGAAGAAACAACAGCUGAAAAUAACAAACUUGAACAUGAGGUGGCACUACUGAGGUCAAAGGUUCAUGGAAAUGUUUCACGCAGCAAGAGUGCACCAUCACUGUCCAGUGAGUCGCUACGCACUAAGAUGAAAAUGGAGAAAGAUUUAGCAAAAGUUAAGAACAUUAUGGCCGGUCUGUCACAAGAGGGAGCCAGGUUACAGGAAAUGAUGAGCACAUUAAGGAAGCCAAAGUCAGCAACAGAACCCCAAAGUCCUCCUUUCCAACAAGGGAGACUUCCAGGUACUGACCAGAGAGAUGGGAGAAAACUAGACACCCGGAAACAAGAUGGAAGAAAACAAGAUGGCAGCACAUAUUAUGAGACUGACCUUGACAAUGGCCAGUCAAAGGAUCUAGCUCAAGUGACUGCACUUCUGGCAUCAUACCAUUUACUACCAGAACAGCCAAUGGAGGACAUAAGUCACGAGGCACCCACUACAAGAUCUGAGGUUGGAAGAAGUUUUGGAUCCCCUCCACCAAGCACAGAAGAGGGAACAAGUGCAUUUAGAACAGUGAGUCCAUCCCGCAAGGAAGAUGACACAACUUAUCAUGCAUCACUAGUACAGGCAACAUUUCAACCAAAUACACAAUCACAGUUAGAGAGUGGAAUGGAGACAGAUGGGUCACCAGAUCAGUGGGAUAUUGGUGAAGCAGACGACAAUACUAAAAGAUUUUUUGGUUUGAUACCAAAGUCUAUGCCAAAACAGCAGACGGUACGUGAUGUGAAGAGAAUCUCAGAGACGCGAAAAGAAGUAAAGAAAAGAGAAGACUCACCUCCAUUACGUGUGGGGGUCAUUCCUUCAGAUUAUAAUGACAACACCCAUGUAUAUGAAAACCUUCCUCAGCAGAAAUCUUCGUCUUCCACGGAGGAGAAGUUGCCAUGGGCAGCGUUAGUGAAGGACGAUGGAGCAGCUUCGGGCACGCCAAGACGGCGCUCAAAUUUACACCUCAUGGCUCCGAAACCUUUCUCUCUAAAUAGUAAACCCACACCUUAUAGCAGUGUAAACAAUAUAUCCAUGUAUAAUAGCCAGAAUCUUGACCAAUCAGACGCACCCUUACAUAAUAAUCAUAAUACUCAAGAUAGCCAAUCACAUUCUAUAAGUGAUAAUUUGAACACUUUUGAAAACAACCAAUCAAAUGAUAGCUAUAAACCCACAGAGCCAAUGGCAACACAGCUUUCAAACAAGACUCCACCCCCACCUCCUGUGAGAGGAACCAGCAAGUAUAUAGCAGAUGUCCCCAACUUGGAAAGGUUUCAAGAAAUGUUAAAGAAGUCAUCAAGUAAUCGGAACUAUGAGAUACCUGUGCCUGCAAUAUUGAAGAAAGGUCGUAAUGCAAGAAAUUCUCAGAAAGGACGAUAUUUGACAAUAUCAAGCUCUGAACCAAUCAAAUUAGAGCAGAACAUUUCACAGUCACCUAAACUUCACUCACAAGCAGGAGAUCUUAUUACCUCUAUGGAUAUACCAGAUAUUGUUAAAAGUUCAACAACAAAAUCUGACUUGUAUGAUGAAAGAACUAUAGAGAGGGAAAUAUUGUAUUUCCCGGAGAAGGUAGAAAUCCCGGAACGUUACAUUCCUGAUUCAGAUGAUGAAAGUGUUACAGAGGAAGAAAAGGCAUCGCGGCGAGAAAAAGCGAACAAAAUUAAGAAGAUUCUUACACAACAAAGUGUGCACUCCCUGUCCCAACCCGACGUGAGCAAGGUAGCGGGCGAGGUCCACGAGCGCGUACAACACGAGAAGCAACAACGCGCCCUCCUGCUAGGUAUCAAUCAAGAGCUCGCUGAACAAGUCAAGAAAAAAUCAAGACAAUAUGCUGCUGAAAGAAGAAAAACAUGGUCCGGGACGACUCAGAAAGUUGACGUGGAGCCCGACCAUCACGCGGAAACAGACGACGAGCAUCAUGGUGACGCGAACAAUAAUUCGUACACGGCACGUGAUGAUAAAGAAGUGUAUUAUACGGAGAAAUCAUCAUACGACACUGACUUAUAUCACAGUGACUUAUACACGAGCCCGCGGCAGUACGACGACGCCCCGAAUUACUACAAUGCUAAUUAUAAUACUACCUCAUAUGAUAAUCGGCCAAAUUUUAAAAUUUAACACUGAACAAAUUUUUGAAUAAUCAAGUGCUGAUUCACUGUAGUUUAGAAUACUUAUAAAGCAGCAAAUUUCCUUCUAUUAUGUUUGAACAUUUGUAUAAAGAACUGUUUAUUUACUCAUCCUUCAAAGUCAUUUUUAAUCUAAGAAGUUAAACUGUUAUGCCCUCACUAAAAUAUCUUUUUCCUAUCUAACGCUUGCGUAAGAAAUCACAAAUAAUGCUAAUGCCCUUUUAAAUAAUUAAUAAUGUGUUGAACUAAGUAUUUUAAUACCUGAGGAACACAUAGUUAACAAACAUUUUUUAAACCAUUUUUCAUUUUAAACCUUGCAUUCUUCAUUUAUUCAUUAUACAUGUUAAAUUCUUAAUGAUAGAACAAUUUUCCUGCUGUAUUUUAUUAGAUAUUUUUAUCAGUAAUAAGUUUAUAUACAAAUGUGACAUGAAAAUAUGUGCAGGCAGUGUUUAACAUAACUAAAAUUGUAUGGGUCUAUACAUGUAUUUGGCUUAUGUUCAUUUGUGUUUCAUUCUUGAACUAAGAACAAAAACUUACUCUAGACUUGUUUGUACACCAGAGAAAUUACAAUGUUGUAUAUGGAUUACAUAUAACUUCU